AUGGUCUUUGGAGAAAUUCCAAGUUCUCUUGGCAACUUGAUGAAGCUUGAGUUCCUGCACUUGAAUAACAACAAUUUAAAAGGGCAUCUUCCAUCAUCACUACAAAAUUGUAGUCGGUUAUUGAUUGUUGAUUUCGGUGACAACAAAUUCUCUGGAAAUAUACCUUCGUGGAUUGGGCAAAGUUGGCAGCGGUUGCGUAUUCUCCGAUUGUCCUCAAAUAUGUUCAAUGGCAAUAUUGAUUCACAACUUGUGUAUUUGACGGAUCUUCAAAUCAUCGACUUUGCAAAUAACAAGUUAUCAGGGACAAUACCACAUUCUUUUGGAAAUUUCAGCACAAUGAUUUCGUCAUCAGUUGAACUACUUCCUUCCUUUGAUGUACCAAUGGAAAUACUAGAAGCAGUCGAAACUUGUAGCGGAAGUGAAAGCAUUACUUUAGUCACAAAAGGAGACCAACUUACAUUUUCAUCUAUUCUUUACCUUGUGAAGAGUAUAGAUCUUUCAAACAAUGAAUUGACAUACGAGAUUCCCGAAGAAUUAGGAUAUCUUGUUGGACUCCACACUUUGAAUUUAUCAAGAAACUACUUCAAAGGCAAGAUACCAGAUAGCAUCAGCAAAAUGAGUUCAUUGGAAACUUUGGAUCUGUCCUUCAAUAAUUUAUCAGGGGUUAUUCCUCAAGGCUUAUCACAACUAAAUGCUUUGAGUCAUUUGAAUUUGUCUUAUAACAACCUAUCUGGAAACAUUCCUUCUGGGAAUCAACUUCAAACAUUGGAUGAUGUAUCCAUUUAUAUUGCUGGAGUAGUAGAAGCGAGAGUGAGUAGCAAGGGAUGCUUGCAAAGGGAGAGGGAUGCUCUCUUGCUUUUCAAAGCUGCCGUCGAAGAUCCUUCCGGCCGCUUGUCUUCAUGGCGUGCCCAAGUGGACUGCUGCGCUUGGACUGACGUAGUCUGUCACAACACAACGGGCAUCGUGCGAGUGGCGGAGCUCAACCUUCAAAAUCCAAAUGCAAACCAAGACGAUAAUUUGUGGGAGACGGCUUUGAGGGGUGAGCUGCUGCAUCCUUCAUUAUUGUCUUUAACUCACUUGUGA